AUGGCACCCAUUCCUCCCAAGCACGAACGUUGGACACUGAAGGACAAAAAGCGCCUGCUUAACAAGCGGCGCGAGUGCCCCGAUCUGGCCUGGCAAGAGUUUCUCGAGCUCCACCCCUUCCCUGGAAGGACCUCGGCGUCUAUCAUCGCACAAUGGUAUCGGCUUGACAAAGACGACGCGCUUAAGAAGCGCCACGCUGGACGUGGGCUUCAGAAAAACAGCGAACGGCGUGUAACUCGAACCCGUUUCCCUCCAUCGACCGGCGGCUUACAGCUGGCGCGUCCUCGCACCACAGCCCCCCAACCUGCCGCGCAAACGUCGACCCAGUCGAGACAGCGAAGCACGAGUGUGGGGUCGGAGUCUCAGUAUGAUGAGGGUUGGAGCGGGUUUGAUGACAAUUGGGACACCGCUGCGGCCGGCUCAGACCACGGCGGAGAGGACGCAGAUGUGCGUACACCAUUACCUCAGACGCAAAUCGGCCACGAAAUAACUAGUCGGGCCCCUUUUCAGAUCCAAGCACAUGGAUCCCAUGCCUCCAGUGCUAUGGCCGGCUCUGCUGCGGAAGAUCGAGCUAUCGGGGACCAGAUCUUCCAGCUCAGCGAAAAUUUAUCGAGAAUGCUCAACAACGCUCAGAUCAACCGCGUUGCCUGCAUCGACAAUCGCUCUCCCCGCGUCCACGAGUCCACUGAGGCAAUCAAGCAGCUUCAACAGCAAGUUGACCGUCUAGUGGGAGACAAUGCGGCCAUGCAGGACAAAAUGGAGAAGCUCACCACAGCAACCGGUCAGCUCCAUCGCCGGAUGAACAUUCUAGAGUCUCUUUACGAUGAGACUAUCACAGAGCAACGAGCCACCGAGGAGAAGGUCCGCCUUAUGAUAGAUGACACUGCGAAUGCUCGCGCUCUGGUUCAUGAUUUGGCGCAAUGCUUGCGCGGGUUUAAUCUACCCAGUCUAUUGUCACUGGCCGCUAUGCUUGGAAAGGAGGACGGUGAAGAUACCGCUCGUGGGGAUUCAUAA